CUAUGUCCACUCAGUCUUACAGUGUGAAUAAGACAGAAUGCACAAGGGGAAAGGAGAGGGGAAAUAAGCUUUGCACCAGCAAGGUCCUGAAACAGUGGAGAUGUCUUGAAACAGUGGAGAUGUCCCUGGCAGCUAGAGCAGAGCCAAGCCAGUUGAAUCCUGGAGGGGAGGGCUAUUCUUUAAUAGACUCAACUGGGCCUGAGCCACAUACCAAAUUAAAACCUGCUUGGAAUCCAAGGAUCAGUUUAUAUAUUCAGCAGAAGCAAGUACCAUGCCCUCCAACAUUCCACAGAUGAAAAUCAGAACAUGUGUGGCCAAGCAACAUCAGAGUGUGGCCAAGAUGGCAAAAGUUAUUCACAAGGAAGAGCACAAGAGCUAGGAGAGGCUGCAGCAGCUUGCUUUUGAUUCACUGUAUUGGGAUAAGUAACCUUCCAGCUCUCCAUCACUGACAUUUCUCUCCAGCUCCCACUCUGCAGCUGUGGAAAAUAUAAGCACAAGAGGAACAGUACUAUGUGGAGUCCCCUCUAUGGGUCGAAUCGUUGGUGGCAUGGAUGCCCAAAGUGGACAGUGGCCCUGGCAAGCCAACCUGAACUUUGACAGCCAUCACGUCUGCGGAGCCACACUCAUUGCCCCUCAGUGGCUGGUCACCGCUGCACAUUGUUUCCCCACAGUAAAUCCCAUAGAUAGGUAUGAAGUGACGUUGGGAGCCUUCCAGCUGAAAAACCCCACGCCGGAUAUUGUGGUGAAGCAAAUUGUGGAAGUGAUCAAACACCCUGAGUUCACUGACGAUGAAGGAUCGAAAGGGGAUAUUGCCCUUGUCAAACUUAAGGACCCAGUCUCCUACUCUCGGACGGUCCGGCCCAUCUGCCUGCCUGCGUCUUCUGUCAAUUUUCCCAAUGGAAUGAAGUGUACCGUCACUGGAUGGGGAAACGUGCUCACUUCUACGAGCCUCCCUUCACCCAUGACGCUGCAACAGCUUGAAGUGCCCAUUAUCGGGAUAGAUACUUGCAAGUGCCUCUACAACCGGAACCCAGAUCCCGAGGAGCCUCAUGUCCUCCAUAGUGACAUGAUGUGUGCCGGCUUUGCUGAGGGAAAGAAGGAUGCAUGUCAGGGCGACUCUGGCGGUCCCCUGUCCUGCCGUAUUGACAAUGCUUGGCUGCUGGCUGGAGUUGUGAGCUGGGGUGAUGCAUGUGGGGCCCCCAACAGACCCGGCGUCUACAUCCGCAUCUCAACCUACGCUGACUGGAUUAAGGAGAAGAUUCCAGAGGUGGAGCUGAGUCAUGUGGUUGCCAAUGUGGAAUCAGUUUCUGAAGAAGGCAUGUGUUCCAAUACUACUGCUAGUCAACCUGGACGUUAUGAUCAUAUCCAGCCCCCACCAGGCUGGAGCCGUCCCAUCCACCCCAGCCACUCUCCCUCAGACAGUGCUGCCCCAUGGCCUUCAACAACCAGCCUAUCCCUUCUUUUCCUUCUCCUCCAGAGCUUCUAUUACCUUCUGUAAAUCAUACCAGCCUGCCAAAUUGCGUAGGGAGAAAGUCCCGUCCUACUCCCAUACUCAGUGGAUGGUCCCACGAUUUCACAAUUUCACACCUCAAAUUUUUUUUUGCUUUCUGUUCUGAAUGUAUUUAAUUCUGUUGGCUAUGAUUUUAAAAUGGCAACCUCCUCCUGGAGCAGAGGUUUCCUUUGAAAGCCUUGAGUUUCAGUCCAAUGUUUACCUCGUAGUCACAUCUUGAGCCUGCAGCCUGCUACAUACCUUUUGUAUACCAAUAGAAAUUUGUUUUUAGUUCAUGUUUCACUUUGGUUCCUGAGUUUCUGACUUGUUCAUUUACGGCAAUCCUCCUCCCCCUUGCCUUAUUUUUUUGGGGGUGGGAGUGGAAUUUCAUAUCAUAGUAUGAUGUAGUUCUGUAAUCCCCAAAUGGCAGCCUACCUUCCAAUUUUGCUUUUAAAUUAUAAAUUUCCACUUAAGCUCCUCCUUGGGCCAAUUUCUGGUUUGUUUUCUGGGCAUAUCUUUGGACUGAUCUCUGCUUUCACUGUUGUGUCUUCUUUCAACUCAAUCCCUUAUUAAAAACAACAUCAACGUUAACUCAAUCUGCUCCAUAGAAGGUACUCCUCUCAUAUUCCCUUCUUGCUUCUCCUCCUGCAUUUCCAGCUUUCAAAGCCAGCCCAUUCUGUAACCACCAUCUUGGUCCUUUUCGGUUGUCCUUUUCUUUUCAGUCAUUUUGCCUUUCCUAAAGCUUCUCAAGCAGGUUCUCCUUCAGUCUAACAAGAAUCUACAGAUGCAUGUUUGUCUGGCCUCAAACUAAAUGAGCCAUAUUCUCCCAAGUUGCAUUGGUAGGCCAAUCUUACAGCUGCUUCUUAAGCUCCAUUAAGGGCCAUUGUGCAAUAACCCAAAGGUUUUAAUACUUCACAGGCCAGCCUAGUGUGACCUAAACUAACUCCUACCUAUAUGCCUUUGAAGGGUGAUUCUGGGGAACUCCUGGCCUGGUUUCUGGCAGAUAGUAAGUGGGAGGCCUUUUUGAGGAUACCUUGACAGGCCUGCUGUCUGUAUUCAUAGAUUGGAUCAAGAACACUGAUGGAGAAGAAGAGACGUGUUCGAUGGCACCCAGCUUGUUCUCUGCUUCUUGGAUUUUGCUGAUCUGCUUGCUUGUGACGCACAUCUUUGGGACUGGCUAAGGCUCCCAUCUUUACC